GGGGUAAUCGCGUUUUCCAACAAUAGAGACAAAAUAAAACGAUUUUUAGUAUAUGAAUAGUAUAAAAUCCGAGAAAAGUAAUAGAGACACAUUAAGAAAAUAAAAUUUUUAUGAAUAAUAUAAAAUAUAAAAUUCGAGAAAAGUACUAAAAAUUUAAUCAUGACGUUUUUAUUUAAAAUUUUCGGUGCUGCCAUUUAUUUGUGAAAGCAUGUUUUAAUAAUAAAACAUAUUCUUGCUUAAUCGACUUCUGACGUCGUAUGUUUUAUUUCUCUAUCGAUUUUUUGUAAGGUGCAUAUAUGAAUGCAAACAAUGACAACAAAAAUUUCUACAUAUAAUUAAACCGCAACAAUGAGUUCGAGACAUAGUCUGUACACGGUUGAAGUAGGUGAUACUAAUUUCACAAUUCUAAGUCGGUAUCAAAAUUUACGCCCUAUUGGUUCAGGCGCCCAAGGAAUAGUUUGCGCUGCAUAUGAUACAGUUACUGAACAGAAUGUAGCAAUUAAAAAGUUAUCUCGACCAUUCCAGAAUGUCACGCACGCUAAGAGAGCCUAUAGAGAAUUUAAGUUAAUGAAGCUAGUAAAUCAUAAAAAUAUUAUUGGGUUACUUAAUGCAUUUACUCCGCAACGCAACCUCGAAGAAUUUCAAGAUGUUUAUCUAGUAAUGGAACUUAUGGAUGCCAAUCUAUGUCAAGUUAUACAAAUGGAUCUCGAUCAUGAUAGAAUGUCGUAUUUGCUUUAUCAAAUGUUAUGUGGCAUUAAACACCUUCACUCUGCUGGUAUUGCUCACAGGGAUUUAAAGCCGUCGAAUAUUGUUGUAAAAGCCGAUUGUACAUUAAAAAUACUCGACUUUGGACUAGCUCGGACAGCUGGUACCACUUUUAUGAUGACGCCUUACGUUGUAACCCGGUAUUAUCGUGCUCCAGAAGUAAUUUUAGGAAUGGGUUAUAAAGAAAAUGUUGACAUAUGGUCCGUAGGGUGCAUAAUGGGAGAGAUGAUACGUGGUGGUGUAUUGUUUCCCGGAACUGAUCAUAUUGAUCAGUGGAAUAAAAUAAUAGAACAACUUGGAACUCCAUCAGCAUCGUUUAUGCAGCGAUUACAACCAACUGUCAGAAAUUAUGUGGAGAAUAGACCUCGUUAUUCCGGAUAUUCAUUUGACAGGUUAUUUCCUGAUGUUUUAUUUCCAAGCGAUAAUAACGAGCAAAGCCGAAGAAAAGCAGCAGAAGCCAGAGAUCUUUUAAGUAAAAUGUUAGUUAUCGAUCCAGAACAACGUAUAUCGGUUGAGCAGGCUCUUUUACAUAGCUACAUACACGUCUGGUAUGACAAUGAGGAGGUCAACGCUCUCUCAUAACAUCCUGACUAAAAAACAUUCGACAUUUUUGGCCGAGCACGUCAACAAAUACCUACUGAAACUGGUUCGGAUCGCACCUUUUUUAAGACUACAUCCCUUAUGAAGCUUUAUGUUUUAAAAAUGUACUUUUAGUUCGCAUGAAUAGCCGAUUAAGUAAGAAUCGUGACUACCAGGUCAGUGCCCACGUGUUCAAAUCUCAAGUGCGAUAGAUUUUUACUUUGGUCGUAGCUGUAGUGAGUGCUCAAUCGGUAAAUGCAUAACACUUAUCGAUUGGGCAUACGGCUGUUUGGCUGCGGUCAUUACCUUUAUAUCUUUUCCUCACUUUGUUCUGACCGUCAUGGAAAAUACAUAUUUUAUACUUUUAUUAGUAAAAAUCGGUGCGACUCUUUUCAAAUCGGCAUACUAAGUACAAGCGAAAAAUCUGAACUCAGCGCAACUGUUAUCAAUGUAUUCAUUUUGCAAAACGUAGGAGGAAUCCUCAGAGGCCAAGUAAUAUUAUAUUUAAUAUGUACAUAUACCAGCAUAAUAUGUACAUGAUCAGCAUCCAAUUCCGAAUGGGCUUAAGUAUGUCCGUCUGUUGAACGACCGUGUCGCAAAGCUGAAGUAAUCGCCUUCAAAUUUACAAAAGUAUUGGAAGUCCUCGCGCCCAGGUUCGUAUUGAAAAUGGUCUAAAUCGGUCACUGCUUUUUAGCUUAUUACUCAUAACUUACAAUAGACACGCCAUGAAAAUGUCCACGGGUAUCUUACGAAAAUAAAAAAGUCAGCUACUCCCACGCAAUAUUGUAGAGUAAGGAAAUUUAGUCUUUUGUUUUUUUUUUAGGUUUUUUUUUUUAAUAUAAAAGAUGUAAAAAUAAGAAAUUCCUUCACGGCCGAAUAUGAUUUCUUUAGUCGUUCGGCAUUAAAUGGUUUUGAAAAAAAACAAAUUUUCGAUAUAUUGUGACACUGCAUGGUAGAACUUGGAAAGCUUUUGUCAAAUUUGCAUCCCAUACCUUGGCGAUCAAGCAAACGUUUACCACAGACAUUAUCCAGACGCAUGUGUGCAAAAUUUGAUGCAGAACUUGCGUCUGGAUCUGCAAACGUUUUAACGUUUGGUACUCUUUCUUCCUUUAAUGAUUGGUAUACAUUAGCACUAAUAAUGUUGGUAACAAUAGUUGUUGAAAAAAUUAAACAUUUAGGCUGCAGGUUUCUCGGAAUUUCUUCACAGAAUCAAAAGUUAUAGACGGAGAUACGAUGGAGGGAAUGGAUGGUAACCAGUUUUCAGUAUUGAAUUCUUGAUCGAUCAAGGAAUGUCUGCGUCAAACUUACUUUUACGACUGUGGCAAGUCAACAAGUAAACGAGAUCAAUUGGACCAAUUUUCUACGUGUUGAAUUUACGCUUGAAUUCCAUAUAAAUGUUCACUUGUCCUAAAGAUGUACGAGGCUUAUAAAUUGCCCCAUUCGAUCCAUUGAAUUUCGAAUACCGCAAUGCUACCACACUAUUUUUGUCGCAAUAUUCUGAAAAUUGUAAGCUUUUCCAUAUCAUUAACUUUCUCAAAUAGGCGUUAUGUGCCCAGUGGCCGAAAAAGUUGUCCGAUUCGAUAGGAUUCAUCUUUGGAUCAAAGCAAGUCAGUAUCCCAAAUUUCAUCAAAAUAUAUCUUCAAAAUAUCGAGCUAG